AUGGAGAAUCAGACACUGCUCUCUUCAACUGCGGCGGGCACUUUUGCCAAGCAAAAUGCUGCUGCAAGCACAAUCCUAGUACUGCUUUUGGCACUUUUACUCCUUGCCCUCUCGAGGCUGCGGAAGCCAAUUUCACGGAUUCCCGGCCCUUGGUAUUCUCAGUGGACUGGCCUUGUUCUCAAGUACCACUGGGUCAGAGGUCAAAAGAGUACAUACGUGCAUGCUUUACACGGAAAAUAUGGCCGCAUCGUUCGCAUAGGCCCGGACGAGGUCUCCGUCUGCGACAUUGACGCAGUCAAGACCAUAUACUCGGUCAAGGAAACAUUUCGCAAGACUCCUUGGUACAUGGAAUUUGUUGCCGGUGUCGAAAACAUUUUUAGCACAACCGACAUUGGCUUCCACCGCCAGUCGCGCCGCUUGCUUGCCGCGCCCAUGGCGGAUUCUGCGAUUCAAGAGCUGGCGCCGCGUGUCGGAGGCCACGUCGACUUUGCCAUUCAGCAGAUGAAGGCCGAAAGCCAGACGCGCAAGGCUGUGGAUGUAUGGAAGUGGUGGCUCUUUAUGACGACGGAUAUCAUUGUCGAGUUUACCUUUGGCGAAUCGUUUCACAUGCUCCAGCGCGGCGAGGAAAACGAAUACAGCUACUUUUUGAAGAAUUCCGGCAUGUUUGGUAUUUACCGAUCAAUCUCGCCACUCUUUUCCAGCCUCAAGUCCUGGCUGCCAUUACAAAGCAGCAAGAUGGCGACCAAGGCUAUUGUCACCAUGUACAAUGCUGCUGCGGACGGCAUCGCCAUCCACCAAAAGAUGGUUGAGGAAAAUGGCGCCGAAAAUGUGAAAAAAACCUUCUUCACCACUCUCUUUGAUGCCGCGCAACAAGACGGUCGAGCCGCCGUCUCACCCACGAGGCUCAUUGGUGACGGGCAGGCUUUCAUCAUUGCCGGCAGCGACACCACGGCCAACACGCUCACGUACGUGGUCUGGGUGGUGAGCAAGAACCCUUUUAUGAGGGAUGCCCUGGUCGCAGAGCUGCAGGCGCUGCUGCCGUCCGAUUAUACCGACGCGGACCUGCGCCAGUGCAGUCUCCUCAACCGCAUCAUCAAGGAGACGCUGCGCAUGCACACAGUCGUGCCCGAGGGCUUGCCGCGGGUAGUGCCCCCCGACGGCGCCGAGCUGUGCGGCUUUCGCCUCGACGCCGGCACCGUGGUCAGCGCCCAGCCGUACAGCAUGCACCGGGACCCGGCCGUCUUUGAGCGGCCCGACGAGUUUGACCCGUCCCGCUGGGUCGAGCCCACCAAGGAAAUGGGAGAUGCCCUCAUGUCCUUUGGGCGUGGUUCUCGAGUUUGUAUUGGCCAGCAUCUUGCCCAGACGGAGCUUCGGAUGGGCAUUGCACGUUUCUUCCUCACGUUUCCGAAUGCGCGCGCUUCCACGCGAGAGGGCAUGUCUGACGACGACAUGAUUGAAUCUUCGUAUUUCAUAAUGUCGCCAAAGGGCCACCGCUGCCUCAUUGAAGUUGGUCAAGUGAAGCACGACUGA